AUGCCUCCUAAGAAGAAGAAUCGGCAGCCCGCCGCUGAAGAGCAGAUCGAAGAUGGGGAGCCCGAGCGAGAGCCCCUCAAGGGAGAUUUAAAUGACCCUUGGACUGACGAACAGGAGGCUUUGCUAUUCAAAAGCAUGAUUUCGUGGAAGCCUGUGGCGGGAGUGUGGAAGAAACUUCGCAAGCUGUAUAACUUGGAUAAUCUGAAUGAGAUUGAGGACUCCACUAGCUUUGGGCACUUUAAUGACGAAACCACCGUUAAUGGGCCAUUCGUCGAUUUUGAACUGCCAGGAGAAGAAUAUGGGGGAAUGCAGUUCGCAAAACGCCUUGCCCCGGGUCGGCCUCCGUCACCUCCUCAAUUGGGUUACCAGUUGGAUGGAUCAACAGUUCUGAGACGACAAAGCACAGUGGAAGAUACAGACGAUCCUCGUUCCUCUCCGGCGUCAAAUCGGGGCGGUCGUGGCGCACGCGGGAAAGGCAAGCGUUCAUCUCUGCUCGCUGCAAAGGCCGGUCGUCGUACAAGUAAGGAAUCUGUAGAGGAGAGCGGUGAUGGGUCAGAUGACCAAGACAGCGAGGCUUUAGACCUUGAUUUCAAAGAGCGUGCGAGAAAUUCUAAAAGUGGUGGAGGAAGCAUGCGGAGAAGUGGGCGGAAGAAGUAG